CCGACUGUUCAUUUUUUAGGAGAAAGAUCCCGGAAGGAAGUGUUCGAAAGUACAAGCCGGUAGGGAAGAAAACAAAACCAAUCUCGAUCCUGCUAGAGACAUCAAAGGAAGAGGCUAUGGAGAAGGAGGAAGAGGUCCUUCAAGUAAUCCAAGAAAGAAGGGCGACGGAGGGACAUCGGAUACCAGAUGAGGUAGCUGACACAAUGAAGAUAGUGAUAGACGGGUUCCUAACGGAAGAGGAAACCCGCCCGAUCAAAAGGACCUGCCAGGAGUUUCACUUGACAUUUGCCUUUAGUGAUCACCAGAAGGGACGACUGGAUGCGAAGCUGAUCCCUCUGCUCAGAAUCCACAAAGUAGAACAUGAGUGCUGGAAUGACAAGGGGCCGUCCUAUGAAUUUGGGAUAGCAGGGGAUGUGACAGACCUCCUCCAAGCAAAAAUGGACUCCUUCGUUGCGAAGCCUACGACGUUGCCAUACGCAAACCGGUGGUUCGUCUUUCGAAAGUCUAACAAGACACUAAGGUGGAUUCAGGAUCUGCAGAAGUUGAAUGCGGUAACCAUCCGGGAUGCUGACUCGCUACCUCAGGCUAACUUAUUAGUAGAAUCGCAAGCCGGUCGGAGCAUUUACUCCCUGAUAGAUCUGUACUCAGGGUACAACCAGCUCCCGUUGGAUGUCCAGAACAGGUCGUACACCGCUAUGCACACCCCCGUAGGCCAGCUACAGAUGCAAAUGACCCCUAUGGGAUUCACAAACGUGGUGGCCGAAGCGCAGCGCAGAAUGCUCGUCGUGGUCGGGGACAUGUUUCUGGAAAAGUGUGAGCCCUAUAUCGAUGACAAUCCAAUCAAAGAUGCGCAGGAGAAGGACAAGACAGAAGUCCAACCGGGAAUCCGAAAGUUUGUAUGGGACCAUCUACAAGACAUCGAGGACUUGCUCCGCCGGUUCCUAGUAUACAACAUUAUCGCUAGUGGACCAAAGAGUAUUCUAGAAGUACCAGAAGUAACCAUACUAGGAUUUCGCUGCGGUGCUUACGGUAGGAAGCCAGAUCCGGCGAAAACGGACAAGAUAUCGCAGUGGCCGACCCCCCUGCGCACUACAACGGAAGUGAGAGCAUUCCUAGGCGUGGUCGGUUUUUGGAGGAUCUUCAUUAAGAAUUUUGCCAAGAUUGCGGAACUUAUUUGGGCUAUGAUCAGAGAGGAAGGAACCAUGGAUUGGACGGAGGAGCGAGAAGGAGCAGUCCAGAAGCUUAAGGACAUAUUGAGAUCUGAGACAGCCGCCCUGUUCGCACCUUGUUUUAAUGACGAAGUAGGACGACCCUUCAUCCUAGAGACGGAUGAAGGACCUUUAGCGGUAGGAGGCGUGUUGAUUCAAAGGGAUGAGGGAGAAAAAAAGAGGCCAAUUAGGUUCGAAAGUAGAACCCUGAACUCCGCAGAGCGGCGGUACUCGCAGUUCAAGAAGGAGGUCCUAGCCAUCUUGCACUGCCUUAAGACCUUUCAGGCCUACCUAUUUGGGAGGCGGUUCAUCCUUAGGAUCGAUCCAACGAAUGUUGCAGGGGCCCGAAAGAAUUACAGACCUAUAGACCCGACGGUGGGGAGAUGGGUAGGAUUUAUGUGGCAGUUCGAUUACAAGAUCGAACGGAUUGCAGGAGUUAGGAACAAGGCCGAUGGGCUGAGCCGGGUCUGCAUCACUCCGGAAGGGGUGGAGGGUGCGGAGCCCAUAGACGCAUUCCUCGAAUACAAAGGAGGGACUCUCGCGGUGGAUAAUGAAAUGAUGAGCAAGGAGACCUAUGAGAAGAACGAGAAAAGGCAAAAAAAAAUGGAAUUCGGCAACGAGAACGACAGCGGGGUGAUCAACAGGCCUACCGCAGGGGAGGAAGCAGGACCAAGCCAAGGGAGGAGGGCGGGAAAGAGAAAGUUGUACAUAGGACUCAUGGGUGGGCCAGUGGUAGGUAGGGGUGGAAGGAAAUGCUUGUGUAGGAAAUCCUCACCCCUCCGUGAGGGAGAAGGCAUAAAAAUCUCGUAUGACAGUGAGGGAGGGAAGGAAAAGGCAGAAGUGGAAGAAAGAGGCAAUGCAGAUAUGGGAGAUAAGGUUCAGGUCUCUGACGAGGAAGGAGCCGACAGGGGCAAACGGCGUGAGACUUGGCAUGGGGAAAGCGAGGGGGGACAAAACAUGUGCAACGAACAUGAGGAGGGUGAGGAGAGAAGGGAAAGCCCGCUUGAAGGACGAAGCGGUUACGACAGUUGUGAGGGGUAUGGGAUGGGGACAAAGAUUCCUUUUACCUACGAUCCGAAGAACCUUGCAGGUGGGUAUAGCCCCAUACAGACAGAAGACGAGGAGGCCGAGGAGGAGGAUGUAGGAGAAGUCAUAGAAAUCAGCAGCGAGGAUGAGAGGGAUGAAAUCUCAAGGCCUAGGGAAGAAGGGCGGCCUCCGAUGGACCAGCCGGGCGAUGGGGCUUUCGGAUGGGAGGACGAGUUUGGACCAACACCCAGUCAUUGGUUUCAGCAAUGGACCAAUGUGAUCAGGCACGAAUGGAUUAUCAAGACCCGGGAACUGGCAAAGGCGGGAGUGGAAGCUACGCCGCUGAACUUCUUUAGUGAAACUGAACUACGGAAAAUUGCAAGAAAGAAGAAAGAAAUGGAGACCUACGGCUUGGGGGUCACGAAGCCUGCCGAGAAACAGGGUGGACAAGGAACUGGGCAAGACGAGGUACAAGGCAGCAAUAGAAACUAGGUGUUGACUUAGCUUUGAAAACGAUCGCUGUUUUUUUGUCUGCAGAGACAUGAUAAUGACGAGAACGUGUACAGUAUGG